AUGGAGGAGCAGUCAACCAGCUCCCGCUUCAAGCUCUCGGCCACGUCCUGCGGCGCCUGCGCCGUCCACUUCGACAACCCCGAGACUCGACGUGCCCACUCCAAGAGCCAAUGGCACGUCGCGAACCUCAGGCGCCGCGUCGCCGGACUGGGGCCUCUGACUGCCGAGCAGCACGCGGCUCUUUCCGGAGCCACCGCCGCGCCGGCUGAUGGGCCCACACCCGAGUGUGACGCCGACGACUCCUCGUCUUCCCUUUCCGACGCCCAUCUCAGCGACGAUGAACCCGACGAUGACGACGACAACGACGACGAGGCCUUCGCCCCAGAAGUCUGCCUAUUCUGCAACGCACAUUCAGGGUCGUUUGACGACAACCUCGUGCACAUGGGCAAGACGCACGGCAUGUUCGUCCCCAGCCGGGAGAGGCUGAUCGUCGACCUCGAGACCCUCCUCCGGUAUCUCCACCUCAUCAUCUUCGGGUACCAGGAGUGCCUCCAGUGCGGCACGCAGCGCCGGACCGCCGCCGCCGUGCAGCAGCACAUGCUGGGCAAGGGCCACUGCAAGUUCGACAUCACGGCCCAAGACUCCGAAUUCAGAGACUUUUACGAGGACGCGACGGAGGCCGGGGACGGCAACAGCGGAGGAGCGCGAGAGGACAACGACAAGGCGAAGAAGGCCAUCGCCGACGCCGUCGAGGGGGGCAGCGGCCCCGUCCGUCUCCCGUCGGGCAAAACGCUCGCUCACCGCUCCGCCCCGGCGCCGUCCCGACAGAGAACGAAACUCGGCCCUGCCGGGGGCUCUCGUCCCGACAAUCUCCUGCCGGAAGGAGGCCCGCGCGCGGACGAGGCCGACGCGAGUUUCCGCCUCACGGCGCCGUCUGCCCCCGGAACGCAGCGGCACGCGGACGCCGAGCUGGCCCUCACCCGCGCGGAGAGGCGCGGCGCCGUCUUCGAGACCCAGCUCGCGCGCCUGGGCGCCAAAGACCGCGCCACCCUGGCCCACCUCCCGCCCGCGGAGCAGCGGAGCGUGCUGCUGACGCAGAAGAAGCAGUUGGACAGGGCGGACAAGGCGGCGCGGAGGCUGCAGACGCGGCUGGAGAUGAAGGCGAACAAGACGGCGCAGGGGCACUUCGUCAAUGACGUGCCCGGGAGGGCGAACGGUUGA